CAGGCACAGAGCCCUGGAGAGAGCAGCAGGCAGGACUGCUGGAGAGCAACGGAAGGACAGAGCGGGAGAGCAGGAGCAAGACCGUGACAGAAAGUGAGAGAGUGAGGAAGCAGCUUUCCUCUGCGCUGUGGAACCUGGGAUGCUGAAGAGCUCCUGUGUACCGGAUAAGAGUCUCCUCUGCGGAUCUCACCGAAGAUGUCAAUUGUGGAGUAACUCCCCCCAGUGCCCAGCACAGCAGCGUUGCGAUUUUUGCAUGAGCAAGAAGACCAGUGGGGGAAGGUCCUUCAGGAGCUUCCCGAUGGUGGAUAACGAAGUCUGUGGAGCAGCCAGUCCGCGGAGCAUUUUAGGGCUGACCACUGGCCGUGGGGUGUAAGGAGUCUGAGAUUUUUCUGCGUCUGAGAGGGGACCUGCAACUAAGAGAGAUGCUCCACAUGCAGACGUGUGCGCACACACAAACACACUUAGAUACUUAGCUAAAGAUACUCUAAAGGGAAGGGGUAGACAGCCUGCUUCUGUCUGAUCUACAAUUCAGUUUUGAGCAGCUCUGUGACAGAAGGGUGGCUUCUUCUGGAUUUGAGAGGGCUUGUACGCUCCCAUUAGCACUGUGGACAUAAGGAUACUUUUACAUUGCCCUACCAUGACAUCCACAACUGGGACUGUGUGGGCCUACAUGUAAAAGAAGUGUGGGCUCCUUGAAGGACCUGCUGAAUUUCCCCAGGACAAAACUGAGGAAAAAGCAAAAGGAAGGAGUUCUGCCCACCAGAAAAAGGAAUAACAAAUGCACAGAAAGGAAUAAAGCCACCCUUCACUCUGCCACCACGUGGAUACUACAAUGCCCAGGUCUUGCCUGCCAUCCGCAAAGGGAACACGUAUGUGGUUCUGCUGGCUGUGGAGAAACAGGGGCACUCUGAACAGUGCUGGACAGUUUUGGACACCUUACAUGUGACCAAGUGGACCUAUGCAACUCAAACGUUUACAACAUCUCCUCUCCUGCCUCUUGCUGUGCUAGAAACGUGUGUGCCGUUCCACCCUGUCUACUGGCAAGAACCCUGCUGCAAAAAAAACUGCUCCCCAGGCAGUGGCUUCAUGGGGUGUAACCUACAAAUGUCAACCGUGGGCAGCAGAAACAGAAGCACAGAGUGGAGGUGGAGUAUUUUUUUGUAAACAUGGUGGAACGCUGUGACAAGCCGUCUGGACCUCAGGAGGACGGUUCCAGCCCCUUCGCUGACUCCUGAGGCUGAAGGAGCGCUCUGGGGAGGGGAUAAUGCACGUCCCCCCCGGGGAACAAAAAGCCAUCAUGAGCAACGUUACUGUGAGUGACAACAUUGAAAGAGAGUCAAUGGGGCCUGAUGCAGACCUGGCCGCUCUCUACCCAGUCAGCUUCCAGGUGUCCCUGACCGCCUUCCUUAUGCUGGAGAUCGCUCUGGGCCUGAGCAGCAAUCUCACCGUGCUCGUGCUUUAUUGUAUGAAGUCCAACCUUAUCAAUUCGGUCAGCAACGUGGUCACGGUCAACCUGCACGUGCUGGACGUGCUUGUGUGUGUGGGCUGUGUCCCGCUGACCGUGGCAGUGGUCCUGCUCCCGCAGGGGGGCGGUGAUGCAGUGCUGCUCUGCUGCUUCCACGAGGCCAGUGUCUCCUUUGCUAGCGUGGCCACUGCUGCCAAUGUGCUGGCCAUCACGCUAGACCGCUACGACAUCUCAGUGAAGCCUGCCAACCGGGUGCUGACCAUGGGACGUGCUGCAGCACUGCUCGCUGGGAUCUGGACACUGUCCCUUGUUAGCUUCCUGGUGCCCUUCGUGGAGGUGGGCUUCUUCAGCCAGGCCCGCUCGGACCAGAACCAGACGGUGCCAGCGGUUGCCCACACCAACCAGUACUACACAGAGCUGGGGCUCUACUACCACCUGGUGGCACAGAUCCCCAUCUUCUGCUUCACUGUUGUGGUGAUGCUGAUCACCUACUCCAAGAUCCUGCAGGCGCUCAACAUCCGCAUUGGCACGCGCUUUCAUGCCGGACAGAAAAAGAGGGCCCGCAAGAAGAAAACCAUCUCCAUGACAACGCAGCCAGACGUCACAGACGCCUCACAGAGCAGCGCUGGCCGCAACCCCAUGCUUGGCAUGCGAACCUCUGUGUCCGUCAUCAUCGCCCUGCGCCGGGCGGUCAAGCGGCAUCGAGAGAGGCGGGAGCGGCAAAAGAGGGUCUUCCGGAUGUCCCUACUCAUCAUCUCCACAUUUCUUCUGUGCUGGACACCCAUCACCGUGCUCAACACGGUCAUCUUGAGCGCUGGCCCCAGUGACCUCAUGGUCAAGCUCAGACUGGGCUUCCUGGUUAUGGCCUAUGGGACUACCAUCUUCCAUCCAUUGCUGUACGCCUUCACGAGGCAGAAGUUCCAGAAGGUACUCAAAAGUAAAAUGAAGAAACGGGUGGUGUCCAUUGUGGAGGCAGACCCACUGCCUAACAACACUGUUAUCCAUAACUCAUGGAUCGACCCAAAAAGGAACAAAAAGGUGACUUUUGAGGAGAAUGAGGUCAGACAGAAAUGUCUCUCGUCUGGAGACUUGGACUAAACUAAUUAGCUUUUUUCUAAUUGCCAAUAAGUCAUCCAGCAACAAGGCAUUAAAAAGGGAAACCGUCACCCAUAGCAGUAACUGUACUGUAUGUAAAAGUGUACUAAUGUAUAACUGCUGGAAGAUACAGUGUAUUAAACAUAACUGAAGAAGGAUAUUAAUUUCUAUUUAUUGUGGAAAAUGGUAGGUUUCAUAGGACAGUGAAAGAAGUGCUGUAAAAACUGCAUGGCUGUUUAUAAUAGUAGCAAUUCCCCUAAUGUACAUACAUAUGGUGUGUGAAUAUAAUAUUUAUGUACAUAACAGAGAUACACCUGUCCCUUUAUAAUAAAUAGCCUAAAAGAGUGGAUUGACCUGUGUUUCAUCAUGCAGCUGCACCCUCUCCCCCAUCCCCCUGCGGUGUCUCCUCUCCUGCAAACCAGCUCAUUCCGCAGGCACAGCCAACGGAGGACUGAACGGCACCAAGAUUUAUCGCUCUACUCCAUCCCGUCUUUAA